CGUCAAGAUUAAAAGAUAUGUUAAUUCCAGGUCAUGGACCAUUCUCUCAUAUGUUUGAUGCUGGAUUCAUACCUGCCGCAAGACCAGGCUGUGACUGGAAACAUGAACAGGCAUCAGUGGAUAUGUUUAACUACCUGGUGGAUGAUAACAAGCUAUCAGAAGAAUUCAGGAGGUAUGGCCUGUCAGACACCGACAUGGAGUUUAUCCAAGAGCUUAUUGCUGGACCAAGAAACAUGGAAACGCCUCUGAAAACACAGGAUUGGCCAUAUACUGGACGUUCGAUUGAGAAGAGUUACCUAUAUGAGAUUGUUGCCAACAAGAGGACGGGCAUAGAUGUUGACAAGUGGGAUUACUUCGCCCGUGAUUGCCAUAACCUUGGAAUACGGAACAGCUUCGAUCACAAGCGGUUCAUGAAGCUAGCACGAGUGAUAAAAGUUGGCAAGAGGCAACAAAUAUGUAUCCGUGACAAAGAGGCAGGGAAUAUCUAUGAUAUGUUCCACACUAGAACAUCCCUCUUCAAGCGAGCUUACCAACACAAGACAGCAAACAUUAUAGAGACAAUGAUAACGGAAGCAUUCCUCAAGGCGGAUAAGCAUCUGCUCUUCCCAGGCAAGAAUGGGAAGAUGUUAAAGAUGUCCGAAGCUAUUGAUGACAUGGUCGCUUAUUGCAAGCUGUCUGACCACGUGUUCUACCAGAUACUACACUCGACAGACCCCCAGCUUCAGGAGGCAAGGGAGAUAUUACAGUGCAUAGAGAAACGGGACCUGUAUAAGUGUGUGGGGCAGACGAUAAUGAAGCAAAGGAGAGAUAAGGAGGAGAUUCCAGACAUUCGCAGAGAGAUUAUCGACGCCAUUCCCCCGGAUAUUUUGGCCGGCGGUAGAGCUAUCGACUCUGAUGACGUCAUAAUACACCUUAUUUCGUUUGACUAUGGGAUGAAGGACAGAAAUCCCAUCGAUGAGCUCAGGUUCUACAGCAAGGACAAUCUGUCGGAAGCGUUUGUCUUCAGGAAGGAACUGGUUAGCAGUAUGUUGCCGGAAACAUUUCGUGAGCAACAUAUGCGAGUGUACUGCCGCAAGGGGGAUUCAGAGAGCCUGAACCAGCUAAAACACGGUUUCAUCCAGUGGUGUCUCGGAAAGGACUGCACAACACCUAAGGGAGGUGACAUGAUUGCGGAGUUGACUCCCAUGAAAGGGGUUCACGAAUCACUUCAUGGAUUUCCAACACGCUUGUUUAAAGACUAACUGGACAAAGAGGAAUCCUAAUGAAAUCCUAAUGAAAAUCCAUGCCUGCGCAGAAAUACCUGCGACUUUAGUGACGAACUUCUUUCCACGGAUGUUACUGUCCCAUCUCCCAGUUGUUUUCUAAUGCAGUUCUCUAUUUUGUUGUUACCUGCUUCCCAAUGGCUGAACGCAAAGAUGGAUAAUAAUUUCUAAUAAUUAAAAAAAAAUUAUUGUUAAAA